GCGCGCGGAGCACACACAACGCAUGCGUCUCUCUGGCUCUCUCUGUCGCUAUCACUGGAUCCCAAUCGGAGACCGUGAACAGGAGUUAACCCUGAUGUACCUGCUUAAAGGAGCCGCUGCCCUCCAGAGAGACGUUAGGGGCAGUGACGCCACGCAUAGAAACAGUUUUCGAAGUCCGGACAGCAGAAUGAAACUAGAGAAUUGUGCAGUGUGUAAUGUAAGUCAGGUCAGGUCAAGGUAAUCGGAUCAUAAAGUCUUUCUGUUGGUGAAAUUGAACGACGGAGAUUCGAUUGGAUUAACUGUACUUCAAGGGAGACCGAAAUACCGCGCGCGAGUGAUUUAACAACAUGAAACACCAAAAGUCAACAAUGCAAGAACUCGGGACAGCUAUUACUUUACUGGGGCUUAUUCAAGCGGAUCAUUGGAUGGUAAGGGUCUGAUUUCUCGGAGACAGAAACAGACAGAGUGAGAUGGUUCAACUGUUGGGACUUGAACACGCUGAAGUUUUCUGCGCUCGUGAGGGAGCCGCUCCUCAUGACUGGGAGCUGUGAGCAACACACCGGCGGGACACGGCACGAGAGCAUCCGGCACAAUGUCUAAAGUCAUACUCAAGAAGAACCACUGGACCAACAAACUUAACGAGUGCUCGAUAUGCAAAAACGGACACGGAGAAUUGACCGUGGAAUUACGCGGCGGCGCCGAGACGGGAGAGUUCCCUUAUGUCGGGGAAGUGCGCGAGGAUGCGGUGAUCUAUCAAUACGGUCAGCUGUCCGACGGGGAGUUGGUGCUUGAAGUGGAGGGCUUGCCCGUGUCCGGAUUACCCCUAUACGACGUGCUGUCAAUCAUAGAGACUUGCAAAAGUCCUAUCCGGCUUAAAACCGUCAGGCAAGGACACCGUCUGAAUAAGGACCUAAAACACUUCCUGAGUCUUCGCUUCCACAAGUCCUCUCCGGACCACGACCUUCAGCAGACCAUCAGAGACAACCUGUACCGCCACGCUGUGCCCUGUACGACCCGGCCCCCACGGGAAGGAGAGGUUCCUGGGGUAGACUACAACUUCCUGUCUGUGCAGGACUUCCUGGAGUUGGAGCAGACUGGCACUCUUCUGGAAGUAGGAACUUACGAAGGUAACUAUUAUGGAACACCCAAGCCGCCAAGCCAGCCCCCCUGUGGGACAGUGAUUACCCAGGAUGCUCUGCGAGACGGCCUCACAGCUUCCCAGAAUUCCAGCCCCAAGCGCUCCAAGUCCUACAAUGACAUGCAACAUGCACGAGUAGCGCCUGUGGACAACGGGGAUGACGACAUUGCCGCAGACAUGAACAACACUUUCACAGGAGACACUGGCCGGCAGGAGGUGCACGGCGUGGUGCGAGAGAACGCCCCGUCCUACGCGCUCAACAACGCCCUGGCCUCGCCGCCCGUCACCCCCGCCAGCCCCCACCAUGCCCAGCUGCCCCCCGAGGAGGACCCGCUUGGCCCCCUGCCCGAGAACUGGGAGAUGGCCUACACCGAGAACGGAGAGGUCUACUUCAUAGACCACAACACAAAGACAACCUCAUGGAUGGACCCCCGUCUGGACAAGGAAUCUAAGCCACAGGAGGAGUGUGAGGAUGAUGUACCCCAAUCACUCACCCAACCAACCCUCCUCUCCUCCUGCCUGGGCCCCCCAUUUCCACUUGGAGAAGAAGGUGUACACACUGAAGAAGCAGAAAGUGAUCUAGAAUUGCCACCUGGUUGGGAGAGGAUAGAUGACCCUGUCUAUGGAGUGUACUAUGUAGAUCAUAUUAACAGGAAGACUCAGUAUGAGAACCCGGUGUUGGAGGCUCGCCGUAAGCAGCAGCUCCAGUCCCAUCAGCCACCUGAAGGUGAGCGCUACAUCCGAGAGUGGAUAGAGGAGCACUCGUCUGCCGGGGCACCUUUGGCCUCCUACGCUCCCAACCACCUGGAGACCUACAGGGACCCGCAGCCAGGGCCCACCGUGCCCCCUGCACCCGGGACUAAACGCGGUAAGCCCUUCUUCACGCGCAACCCCGCUGAGUUGAAGGGGAAGUUCAUCACCACCAAGCUGAAGAAGAGCCACAGGGGGUUCGGCUUCACCGUGGUGGGGGGAGACGAGCCCGACGAGUUCCUGCAGAUCAAGAGCCUGGUGCUGGACGGACCCGCCGCUGUGGACGGCAAGAUGGAGACAGGUGACGUGAUUGUGAGUGUGAACGACACCAUCGUGCUGGGCUACACGCAUGCCCAGGUGGUGAAGAUCUUCCAGUCCAUCCCCAUCGGCUCCAUGGUGGAGCUGGAGCUGUGCCGUGGCUACCCGCUGCCCUUCGACCCCGACGACCCCAACACCAGCCUGGUCACCUCCGUGGCCAUCCUGGACAAGGAGCCCAUCAUCGUCAACGGCCAGGAGGUCUACGACCCGGCAGCGCCCACCGCCCUGGUCGGAGGCCCCAUCAUGGGCAUGGGUCCCGCAGGCGUGAUCAUGGGCAUGGGUCCCGUCAUCGGAGGCGGCGGAGGUGGUGCCAUCGCGGGCCCCCAGGCCGGGUCGCUGAACGGCAGCCGCGAGCCUCUCUUGCCAUACGGCUCCGGAGCCAUGGAGCCCAUGGGUGGCGUGGGCAUGGGCGGCAGCGACGGCUGCCUGGGCUACAGCAGCGACGAGGUGACCCUGGCCUCCUCCAUCGCCACGCAGCCCGAGCUCAUCACCGUGCACCUGGAGAAGGGCGACAAGGGCUUCGGCUUCACCAUCGCCGACAGCCUGACGGGCGGCGGGCAGCGCGUCAAGCAGAUCGUGGACUACCCACGAUGCCGCGGGCUGAAGGAAGGGGACAUCCUGGUGGAGGUGAACAAGAGGAACGUGCAGAACAUGAGCCACAACCAGGUGGUGGACCUGCUCAGCAAGUGUCCGCGCGGCAGCGAGGUCACCAUGCUCGUGCAGAGAGGUGAGGGAGUGGUGCCCGCCAAGAGGAGCCCCAAACUGGUGCAGCUGGAGCGUAAGGACAGCCAGGGGGGCAGUUCGCAGCACAGCGCCUGCAGCCAGCGCAGUGCGCACCACACCGACAGCCCCCUGCGGGCGGUGCCCUGCGUGCCCGGCGGCCUGCCCCCAGACGCCGUGGUGGCCUCCCAGCAGCAGCACCCGGCGCCCGUGGUGCCGCCGCCGCCCAACCAGCCGCUGCCCAGCCUGCCGCCCCACCCCCACGACCCCUCGGCGCCCCUGCCCCUGCCCCUGCCGCCCGACGCCACCGCCACGCUACAGAAGAAGCCCGACCCCUUCAAGAUCUGGGCCCAGUCCCGGAGCAUGUACGAGAGCCGCAUGCCAGACUCUCAGGAGCAGGACAUCUUCUUGUGGAGGAAGGAUACAGGAUUUGGCUUCAGAAUACUGGGUGGCAAUGAACCAGGAGAGCCGAUCUACAUCGGCCACAUUGUGAAGUACGGCGCGGCGGACGAGGACGGGCGUCUGCGCUCGGGCGACGAGCUGAUCUGCGUGGACGGCACGGCCGUGGUGGGCAAGUCGCACCAGCUGGUGGUGCAGCUGAUGCAGCAGGCCGCCAAGCAGGGCCACGUCAACCUCACCGUCCGGCGCAAGGCAGGAUUUGUGUGCAAGGGUGAGGGUGACGUCCCUCCGUCCCCGGCCUCGUCGCACCACAGCAGCACCCAGGCGCCAUCCCUGACGGAGGAGAAGCGCACGCCGCAGGGCUCCCAGAACUCCCUCAACACCGUGAGCUCGGGCUCGGGCAGCACCAGCGGCAUCGGCAGCGGUGGCGGCGGCGGCUCCGGCAGUGCCGUGGUCUCCGUGGCGCUGCAGCCCUACGACGUGGAGAUCCAGCGUGGCGAGAACGAGGGCUUCGGCUUCGUCAUCGUCUCGUCCGUGUCCAGGCCCGACGCCGGCACCACCUUCGCCGGCAAUGCGUGUGUGGCCAUGCCCCAUAAAAUAGGCCGCAUCAUCGAGGGCAGCCCAGCGGACCGCUGCGGCAAGCUGAAGGUGGGCGACCGCAUCCUGGCCGUCAACGGCUGCUCCAUCACCAACAAGUCCCACUCCGACAUCGUCAACCUCAUCAAGGAGGCCGGCAACACCGUCACCCUGCGCAUCAUCCCCGGCGACGAGUCCUCCAACGCAUCCCUCCUGACGAACGCUGAGAAGAUUGCCACCAUCACCACCACACAUACACCUCAGAGCUCUGAAUCUAGGAACAACGCUAAAUCCAAACAGGCUCCCCAGUCUGCACAAACACAGUCUAACCAGGAUGCGGAGUACUACUCGGUGGACCUGGAGCGAGACAGCAAAGGCUUCGGCUUCAGCUUGCGAGGGGGCCGCGAGUACAACAUGGACCUCUACGUACUCCGGCUGGCGGAGGACGGGGCGGCCGUACGCAACGGGAAGAUGCGGGUCGGAGAUGAGAUUCUGGAGAUAAAUGGCGAGAGCACCAAGAAUAUGAAGCACUCUCGUGCCAUCGAGCUCAUUAAGAACGGAGGUCGGCGCGCCCGCCUCGUCCUCAAGCGUGGAGACGGCUCCGUGCCCGAAUAUGACGGGCCCAAUGACGGGUACCCUCCCUCACCCGGGAAAAAUCUUCCGGAAAUGAGAACUCUGCCGCCAAACAGCCGUUUCCACAUUCCAUCCGAGUCCAGCUACUCACCCGACUACCACACGACCCCACCACGACACAAGGAGCAGUGGAUAGAGAGAGAGAGCGAGCGAGUAGAGAGGGAGGACAGGAGGGACUACGCCCGUGUUCCUGCCAGCCAGCAGCAGCAGCAGCAGCAUCUUCAACAGCAGCAGCAGCAGCAGCACUACCACCCCUCAUCCCAGCAGCAUUACCCACAUCAACAACAACAUCAUCAACAACAACAUCAACAACAACAACAACAACAACAACAACAACAACAACAACAGCACCAUAACUGGAACAACCAGCAGACACCAUCUCCGGACGACCCCAAGAAGAACAACCGCCGCAAGGUGAAGAAGUCUGAGUCGGAGAGCGGCAUCGCCAAACUGUUUAAGACACUGCGCAAGGAGGGUGGCUUUGGACGCAAGUCGUCCGAGCGGGACUCCCAGGGCAGCAAUGGUGGUGUUGGUGGUGGUGGUGGUGUGGGCACGUUGGGCCGGCGCGGGGGCCGCUCCCCAGACAGGAAGUCCCAAGGCUCGGCGGCGCGGGUGCGCCAGGGAUCCCUGGAUCGCUCCCCGACCCGCCGCCGCAACUCCUCACCGGACCGUCGCCGCGCCAAGUCCAUGGACCGGCGGGCGGAGUACCGCGACCGCACCCCCGAGCGUGCAGCCUCCCGCCAGUCCAGCCACCUCCUGCUGCGUAUGGCCCACACCCCCGACCGCCAGGCCAUCUAUCGGCCGCCGGGGGUGGCCCGCGACCCCCAGACGCCUGGCCGCAUCUCCCUGCGACAGGACUUCUCCACCCCGGAGAGGGCCAACAACGGUCAGGCUAUGGCCGCCUCCUCCAUGUCACUAGCCCGCGGACGCACCCCCGAGCGGGGCCUGAAGAACGGCAACGUUCUCCGCGAUGGAGACCGGGACCGCGACGACCUGAUGUGGGGCCUGAACGGCACGCCCGAGAGACGCUACCGCUGCGAGUCCACCUCGGACAGCAGCAGCUGCAGCUACCAGGACCCGCCACCCGGCCCGGCCCGGCUCAAGGACUACUACAGCACCAACACGCUCAAAUCCUGCGGCUCCAACGGCUACCCGACCACCCCAAGGGGUCACGGGGGACAACCACACCUGCCCGAGCCCAAGCGGCGGAUCUACAAGGAGAACCACACCGACCUUAGCAUCUGAUGACCUCCGCCUCCACCACCACCAGGUCUACUGCUCUGCUCCGCACUGCACUGUACUGCACUGUACUGCACUGUACUGUACUGUACUCUACUCGCUCUCUUCUGCCACCUGCUGGACUACUGAGGACUACUUGAGCUGUGAAACAGAAACAGACAUACCUGAAGUGAACUGCUCAAUCGACUGGUUGUGAUAAGAGACGUUACUGGUCGGUUUACAUAACGAUGGCAGUUUGAUACAUUGCGUGGUUGACCGUUUUUUGGUUGUUUGCUUGACUAAUGUUGACAAAUUUCAAUGUUGAAAUAAUUGAUUGAUUGAUUGAUUGAUUGAUUGAUUGAUUGAUUGAUUGAUUGAUUGAUUGAUUGAUUGCCUGGAUGUUUCUUUGCCUAAUUUUGGUUAACUAAGUGAUUUCUUUGAAUUUAAACUCCUGUGUUCCUGUUGAAUUUCACAGCCCACAGGGGAAACAAUCUUUUUUAUUUUGAUCCUUUUUAUUUGUUGGUUGUGCUGAGUAGAGCAUGAGUAAGUGAGAGAGUGAAAGAGAUAGAUGAGCUGACAGAGAGAAAGAGAGACUGAAGUGAGACAGAGAGAGAGAGAGUGGAAGAGCGAAAGAGAGAGAAUGCAUUGGAACGUAUGAAAGUAACGUAAGAAAGUAUGUAAGUCUGUAUGAUGAUUUGUAAGUAUGAUCUGUGAAUGACCUUUUUUUAGACAUCCAGGCCUCGUUGUUUGAUCGAAGAAUAUCAUUAUUAUUCUAUAGCUUUUAUUCUGAUAAUGUUGUUUAUGAUGAGUCACGUGUGCACCAGCCCGACUAUGGACCCUGGUGUCGAGAUUCCAGAGUUGUUUUUAAUGGGACUCCUGUGUGUUUGUCACCCCCACCCCCAUCCCACUCCUUCCUACCACCCUUCCUCUAAACCCCUUCUCUCCCCGACGUUCACUCACCCACCCACCCACCCCCCUCUGCCUCCCAGAGGCAGGAUAUAGCACAAGCCUUGAGACACUCUGUACAUUCGAUGAAUGAAUGCCCCAACCGGACUGCAGCCCACUCCGCAAUAGGGCCGAGCCUGGCCCAGACCUGACCCACACCCAGCGGUUUCAAUCGGUCACUGAUUUCAGAAAGUAAAAAAUAUACAUAUACCACAUUUUACAUUUAACUUAGGUGGCUUCACUAUGUGAUCUACCUGUUUGACUGCUAAUGUGUGCUCAUUACAAUCAGCUGGUUUAGAGCUGGCUGUAUCAAAUGUGUGAUAAGUUUUUUUACAUUCUGAACCUGUCAUUGACACCUCUUCCCAUGCCUGAUAUAGAGCCGUUCAGGGGUGCAUCUCUGCACAGCAUUGUUGCUAACUAAGUUAGUAACUUACUGGUUGCAAUGCAAUUUCCCAUUAGAAACCUACUAAGUUGCUAACUGGUUAGCAAAGAUGCUUUCGAGAAACGGGGUCCAGGUUGUGCAUUAGGGUCAGGUCAGGUCGGGGCCAGAGCGGCUCUGUUCAGCUGCUUGUCACGUGUGGCCUGAUCGUUACGUAAUGAAGGCAAAUACACUGUAGACGUUUAAAAAAAAGAAGAAAGAAAUAAUAAUUAAAAAGGAAAAGUGAAUGCUAACUGCGAUGCUACUGUUGUCGAAUGAAGUAAUAUAUUUAAAGAAACAAAUAAAAUUCCUUUUGUGAAGAUGUUUUAUUUUCUUUAACGAAAUUGACACAAGUGCAGGUAUAGGCUAAGGGCAACAGAAGUGCAGGUUCAUUGCCUGUCGUGAGUCUUACUGUUCAUCUUAUUUGGUUUUUUAUUUUAUUUGAUCAAAAAUCAACCAAAAUCUACUCAAACCUAACAUCCAUUUUCAUCUCAGUCACAUGCAAACAAUUUCACAUGAACACAGUUUUGCUACAGCACAACUUCAGUAACACACACAUACACACACACACACAUGCACACACACAUACACACACACACACAUACACACCACUCUAUGCUAAAACGCUGGUCCUAUUCUCCAGAAAUGUAGUUGUUCAACAAUGUAGAGUACAUUUUCUGACAUAUCACCGUUCACCGGCAAGGUGUUACAAUGUCUAGGCCUGUUCUUAGCAUUAGAUAAUAAUAGCAGUGUUAGGAUAUGAUAGCCAUCAAACCAUCUCUCGCCACAGGCCUGUACUUGAGCCCUGGCUGACCGGUCCUCCUAUAGGGUAUGAGUGGGGGUAGAAUAUCAGCAGUAUUAGUUUCAGCUGAGCUAUCACUUUUAGUCAGCAAAAAAGAUCAUUUUUCUUCUGAUAUAAAUCCAGAGUCCUUAAAAAAUCCAACAACCAUGGCUAUAGUACACCCCAACAAACGCAGACCCCCUCGGUCAGACAAGUUGCAUCUCUCUGUGAAGCAGGAAACUCAGGAACAUGGAUUUUAAGUAUAAAUAUGAAAUAAGGAGAGAGAGAGAGAGAGAGAGAGAGAGAGAGA